GGAGCUUGUGCUUGUGGCCGGGAGGCAUGGUAACUCGGCUGCUGGUAAAGUUUGGGGUUUGCGAGUACUUGUGUCUCUGAGCGAAAGAGGGAAGUGGGGGUGAUCCAUCAGCGCUAGGCCCGUGGCCUUCCCUUCAGCACGGAGACGAAGAGAAAUAAAGGCUGGGCCGUGUAUUGUAAUAGACAUAGUACAGAGUGUGGUGGGAAACCCAGACGGUGUAGCUCCAUUCACUGCGACAAUGUCCGAUGACCCUAGCUCCCUGCCCUGGUCAAUCCAGAGGGAGGAUUAUGAGCUCAAGGAGGUCAUUGGUAGUGGAGCCACGGCUGUGGUUCAGGCUGCCUACUGCAUCCCGAAGAAGGAACGAGUUGCAAUCAAACGCAUCAAUCUGGAAAAAUGUCAGACCAGCAUGGACGAACUUCUGAAAGAAAUUCAAGCAAUGAGCCAAUGCCAUCACAGGAACAUUGUGUCAUAUUAUACCUCAUUUGUGGUAAAGGAUGAGCUCUGGUUGGUAAUGAAGUUGCUCAGUGGUGGAUCUGUACUAGAUAUAAUUAAGCAUGUGAUAGCAAAGGGAGAUCACAAAAAUGGAGUUUUGGAGGAGACUGUCAUAGCUACCAUUUUGAAGGAAGUACUGGAAGGACUUGAUUAUCUGCACAGAAAUGGGCAGAUUCAUAGAGAUUUGAAGGCAGGAAACAUUCUUCUUGGUGAGGAAGGCUCCGUGCAAAUUGCAGAUUUUGGUGUAAGUGCCUUCCUGGCAACAGGAGGAGACAUGACCAGGAAUAAAGUGAGAAAGACCUUUGUUGGAACACCCUGCUGGAUGGCACCUGAAGUCAUGGAACAGGUUAAAGGGUAUGACUUUAAAGCAGACAUUUGGAGCUUUGGAAUUACAGCCAUUGAACUGGCUACAGGAGCAGCUCCUUAUCAUAAAUACCCACCAAUGAAGGUUUUAAUGCUAACUCUUCAGAAUGAUCCCCCCUGUUUGGAGACAGGUGUGCAGGAUAAGGAAAUGGUGAAAAAGUAUGGCAAAUCCUUUAGAAAGAUGAUUUCACAGUGUCUACAGAAAGAUCCAGAAAAAAGACCUACAGCCGCAGAAUUUUUAAAGCACAAGUUUUUCCAAAAAGCAAAGAACAAGGAAUAUCUUGAAGAAAAAUUGCUAGCACGAGCACCUACAAUAGCAGAAAGAUCAAGAAAGGUGAGAAGGGUUCCAGGCUCCAGUGGUCGAUUACACAAAACAGAAGAUGGUGGCUGGGAAUGGAGUGACGAUGAAUUGGAUGUAGAGAGUGAAGAAGGGAAGGCUGCAGUUUCUCAGUUGCGGUCUCCCAGAGUGAAGGAGUCUCCACCGGGCCAAGAGCUUUACACGUCAGCGGAAGCACCAGGCUCAAAUAUUCAAGUCCCUUUCCAAACUCCACAGGUGCUACCUCAGCCAACACCAAAAGUACCCGAUGCCAAUCCAGUGACUGCUGGUCAACCUUCAGCGAUAGCAGCCCCAACACCUGCGGCAAAACCAGACCCAACCCAACAAGCUCCAGCUCAGCAUCAACUACCGGCAUCUCAGCUGGCUCCUGGCUCUACUGCUGCAGAUACGCACCAAACACCCAUUAGCCUUGUGUUAAGAUUGCGGAACUUAAAGAAGGAGCUGAAUGACAUAAGAUUUGAAUUUACUCCAGGUAGAGAUACAGCAGAUGGUGUCUCCCAAGAGCUUGUCUCUGCAGGUCUGGUUGAUGGAAGAGAUGUAGUAAUAGUUGCUGCGAACCUACAGAAAAUAGUGGAUGAACCAGCUACAAAUCGAUCCGUCACUUUCAAAUUGGCUUCUGGAGUUGAAGAAUCUGAUAUUCCUGAUGAUGUUAAGCUCAUAGGAUUUGCACAACUUACCAUUAGUUAAACCACACUACAACAGAAUAUAAACUUGCUGACCCCAUCUGUGAAUAGAUAUCUCACUGGUGUUGGCCGGAGGAAACUUGUACUGCCAAAGAGUGAUGAUCUUCGCCUCUUGGACUUGCAACAUUUGCCCUGCCUCUCCCCUGUAAUGAGGAAUGUACAAAUAGAAGUGAACUGAGUAUUUGCUUUCACUACGCAAGAACGAAAUAGAUACCAUCGAGAGCUUUCUACAAGAUUUCAGCUUGCAGAUCUCCCCCAUCUGAUGCCGGGUGCCUGAUGAGGGCAAGCUAAAAUUGCCAGUUCUCAUCUGCUGUUUUUCCUCUUCUGUGUUUUCCCAACUCAAGUAAUCCCACCACCCUGGUUUCUUUUCAAAAUUGCCUUAUUUUUGACAGUGCUUUACUGAUCAGUAAACAGAGAGGUGACUUCCCCACAAUUCUUGAAGAGAUCUAGUGCAUCAUAUUGAGAAAUUGUGUGGUUUCAGUAACUAGUCCUUGUUCAUUAGUCUUUCUCUUAAAAAUGAAACAUAACAGAGAUGAAAACAAGUAUAGAUUGCAAUUAAGAAUAUAGUUAAUCUGAAUUUUUCUUUCCAAAGGGCUGCAGCCACAAGUGAUGGGCAGCAAGUAUUUUUGAGUAUGCAUUUAUUAUGCACUCAGGCUCCCAGGCACAUCAUUAACUGCCUUUGAUGUGAUUUGAAAGUAGAUUUUCUUUUUGUUUGUGUGGUAAAAGUAAGACAGAAUUUAAAUAUAAAUGUUAAUGAAAAUUAAUUCUUUUUUUCCAUUUAUCUAAUAUAAAAUGUUAUUGAGCAAUCUGCAUCCUGCCUUUAUAAUAGUGUAAAUUUAAAACUCUCCAGUCAGCUUUCUUUCUUUAUUAACGCAUUCCUGGUGCAAUGGGAGAAUUUGGUUCUGAGCAUUUUUCCUCAAAUUGAUCUUUUAGCUCAAGGGAUUUAAGUUUUACCUGUGAAUAUUGAAUUGUAUCAGAUUCUCUUGAAGGUUGAAAGCAUGAUUUGGUUCAAACUAUGGUAGUUUUGAGUGAUUUGUUGAACUUGUUACUCAGUUGGGGUCACAUAAUGAAAGUUAUACACUAUGUGCUGCAUUCCGUAUUAAUGUGAUUAGGGCUUACACAAUAUAUAGGUACUAUCAUGCUAUAAAGAUCACACGUAAGCCUAAACACUUAAAAUUUGCACUAAUACUUUGGUAUGAACCUAAUUUGUUUCUCCAAAUCUGGUCCACUAUAGCCAUCACUGAGAUGUAUGCAAUAUGUAAUCCUGAUGCUUGUUAGCUGCAGAAACUUUGCAGAUGGUGUCUGAACAGCAUAAAGAUGAACUGCUGUUUUUUUUUGGCAUAAUUUGAGAACUCAUCAUGCCAUCCCUCACUUGGUGUGACAACACAGUACUGGGUGCAACAAAUUGUCUUUGCAGUACUAGUUACAUAGGAAAUUCAUUACAGAUUACAUGCAGCAGCAACCAGUGGUAAUGGGGGUUCAAAUGGGAUGGAUGUGUUACCCUGAUCAAGAUGUUGAUGGAAAUUGGCUGCCUGGUUUUGAACAGCCGUAGAUGGUGGUGGUUAAGACUGCAGCUGUUUAUAUGUGCUGCAGUUGUGUUUGUUCCCCCACCCUACCUCAGCAGGGAUUUUACAAAUCCUAAGAAGUUUCUAUCCUGAUUUCUCCAAUGUGUGUAUCAGUUUUCAGACCAAUGCUACCAUUAGGUAAAAAUGUUUGUAUUGAAAAAGUUUGGUAAGGCUGAGGGAGGCCUUUAACUUGUACUAUUUUUCCCAUCUAAAAAGAUCCUACAGUUUCCCCUACUUUUUUUUUGCUGCAUCAUAUUGCCUCAACUAAUUCAAAGUUAUUAACUACUAAGUGUCUGGCAGUAUUUUCUAAUUGUUGGUCACACUGAAGAAUUCCUUCCCAAUCCUGAUUUACUGAUCUGACAUGUGCCUCUGUCCAAGUCUUGAAGUUUAAAUUCAGCAGCAUUCCAGACAACCAUUUAUAUUCUUCAUCCAUUUGAAUUGUUACUAAAAAGUCAUCUUUCUUUCCUAACUGAAAAACAAGAACGAGAGAAUAAAGGCAUUAUCCAUUGGGUAUGAUACAGCUGCCCUCCAAUUAGCACAAGUCAGUCAACCUUGUGUAACCAACUUAAAAAUCCUCAUUUAAGGAAAGAUUUGUGGAGGAGUAACUGGAGCCACAUAAUUGCAUAGAUUGUUUGACUAGUGCUUUUAAAAUAUUGGUUAAAAGCAAUUGGCUAAAGAACGGAAAGAGCUAUUUGAAAGAGACACAUAGAUUUUGACAUUAUUGAAUUUGAUUGAAUUAUUUGAACUGUAAAUAAGAAAAAAUUGUUUUUAGAAUUAUUUUAAAAUCACUGAGUCCUUCACUCUUGGACCUCCUGGUUUUGGAUAUUUUGUGGAUAUGAAUAUUUUGGCUUUGGCAGGAAAGCUUUUGAUUUGUCUUCCAUCACAUGGGAAAUAUAGGAUCUUUCAUGUGACCCAGCUACAUGAUUUCUAACAACUUUUUUCUAAGUUUGUAUAGACCUAGCAUUGGUUAUUUUAUUAAUAUUUGCCUAUUAACUGGGACUGAGGACUACUGUUGCUAAGGCUAACUCACAAAUCGGUGUAUACUGAUUGUAACACAAGGUGUAAAAUAUUGUGAUCACUUUUCUUCAACAUGAUUGUUUUGGAUUUUUUUGCAUGGUUUUGCUAACUCCUUUUAAUCAAUAAACAGCAAAAUAUCUUUUGUGUGCUUAAAGUUGAGACUUCAACUAUCUAAUACCUAGUAACAAAAUAAUUGUGUACAAGUAAACAAUUUAAUGGAUUUGGGUCCUGCAUUCCAAUCAGAAUGAAUUUUAUAUUUGCAUGUUAUCUUAACUAUCAUUUAUUUGAUAAAAUUCCUCUUUGACACAACAGCUAAAGCUCCCCUCGAGAAUUCAGCACAAGGCAAAGAAUGGCACUUCUGUCCAAUAUUCAUAAAAUGUAGCUUGGUUGAUGAAGCCACAUUUGAAUGGUGUAUCCAUUUAAGAUCAAUUUUCUCUCGACCCAAUUUAAUAGAUGUCAUGACAUUUCUUUGAAGAAUCAUCAAAUAAGACUGGCAGUAUCUUAGCUAGCAAAUAUCCCCUAACUUGUAUCAUCAAAGCAAGUUAUCUGGUCGUGGCCUCCUUGUUAUGAAGGAUUGCUGCUUGCAAAUUGGCAGCUGCAUUACAAUGAUCAGGUAUACCUCAAAAGUGAUUUUGGAUAUGCCAGGGCUUUAAGGUUCACAAUAAAUGCAAGUUCUUUUACUCAAUGCAGUCAAAAUUAAGUAUCCCUUAUACCUGAUUAAAGUGGUCAAUGAGAAUAUUUUAAUGGUCUUCUGCUUGUAACCCAUCCACUCCAGAGUUCGAUGUGUUGUGUAUUCAGCGAUGCUCUUCUGCACAUCACUGUUGUAUAUUUCUUUGAGAUAUUGUUGCCUUCCAGCCAGCUGGAACCAGUCUGGCCAGUCUCCUCAGACCUCUGUUCAUUUGUACUUCCAUCCUCAGAAGAGGAAUUGUUUACUGUUUUUGUGUUUAUUUUUCAAGUCAUUACAAAGUACACCAAUGUGUCUCUUUAUAAUAACAUUUGGCCCUGCACCUUUGAGUAUAUUGUGUCAAAUUAUGAAUUAUGCAUUUUGGUACAAGGUGCACACUUAAAUUGCCUUCAUGGUUUUUUUUCAUUCAUGUUCACUGUAACUCAGACUCCAUUGUAGUUUUUCAUCUAAGUUAAAUAUGCAACAUAUCCAAGUCAUUAAUGUUGUGUAGAACAAAAAUAGUUUUUGUUUUAAUGUUUUGGUCACCAGUAAUAUAGCACAUGGAGUACAGCACAGGAACAGGUCAUUCAGCCCACAGUGUUGUGCCAAACCAUCUAAAAAGCAAAUCAAAAAUGCCCAAACAUUAAUCCCUCCUACCUACACCAUGUCCAUAUCCCUCCAUCUUCCUUAAGUCUAUGUGCCUAUCCAAACAUCUCUUAAAAGCCUCUAAUUUAUUUGCCUCUACCACCAUACCAGGCAGUGCAUUCCAGGCAUCCACAACUGAGUUUAAAAAAAAACAAGUUUGCUCCCAGUAUCCCCCUGGACCUACCCCUUCUCACCUUCAAUGCAUGCCCUUUUGUAUUACCCAUUUCAACCCUGGGAAACAGAUAUUGCUGUCCACUCUAUUUAUGCCUCUCAUCAUCUUGUAAACCUCUAUUCGAUCUCUUUUCCCCUCCCCCAGCCUCUGACACUCCGGUGAAGACAACCCAAGUUUAUACAGCCUUUCCUGAUAGCACAUGCCCUCUAAACCAGGCAGCAUCCUGCUAAGUCUUUUCAGCACCCUCUCCAAAGCCUCAGCAUCCUUCUUAUAGUGGGGCAUCCAGAACUGUAUGCAAUACUCUAGCUGUGGCCUAACCAAUUUUAUAAGGUUGCAACAUACUGCUGACUUCUGAACUCAGUGCCUUGUCCAAUAAAAACAAGCAUUCCAAAAAGCUUCUAAAUCACCUCAUCAAGCAGCAUAGUCACUUUCAAAGAGCUAUGAAUUUGGAUCCCAAGAUCUCUCUGCUCAGCAACACUUAAGGACCGUGCCCUUACCAGUGUAUUGUCUUCUUGCAGCACCUCACGUCUAUGUCUUAAGUUUUUGUGUAGCCCAUUGAAGUACUUUUGACUUAUAGUUAGUUAUUAUUAGGAAAUACAGCAGCCAGUUUAUAUGCAGCAAGCUCCCAUAAAUCUGAAUGCAAAUAUCUUUAGUGUUUUAGUGAAUACCAGGUUUGCACCCCACUCUGAUCUUUGCCAUGAGAUCUUUUGCUUUCACCUAAGAGUAAAAUGAGAUCUUGGUUUAAUAUUCAUCCAUAAAAGGGCAUCUCUCAGAGUGGUAUAGAUGUUUCCUCAGUACUGCACUAGUGUGCCCUACUGUUCACUAUGUAAGACCUAUCCUGGUUGGUCCUACUGAAGUGCAAUACCUCAUACUUGUCUGCUUUAAAUGUCAUUUGUAAGCCAUGAUAGCUGCCUUUGCUGUUCAUAACACUGUAAUCUUGGUGACAUCUGCAAAGUUGCUGAUGCAGUUCACCACAUUAUCAUCCAGAUCAUUGAUACAGAUGAUAAACAAUAGACACAACACCCAGCACUGAUCCUUGUGGCACAGGCCUCCAGUCAGAGAGACAACCCUCUGCUACCACUCCUUGACUUCUCCCACAAAUCUAAUGUUGAUUCCAAGUUGUUAACUCCUCUUGAAUGCCAACGGACUGAACUUUCUUAGCCAGCUGCCCAUGUUGGACUUUGUCAACUGCCUUGCUAGUGUCAAUUUAGAUAACAUCCCACUGCCUUGCCUUCAUCCACUUUCCAGGUAACUUCCUCAAAAAGCUCUAUGAGAUUGGUUAGACAUGACUUGCCACACUCAAGUCCUUGCUAACUAUCCUUAAUAAUCCAUGUCUAUCCAAAUAUACUUAUAGAUCUGAUCCCUUAGAAUACCUUCCAAUAACUUUCCCACAACUGAUGUCAGACUCACUGGCCUAUAAUUUCCUGGUUUAUGUUUCGAGCCUUUUUUAAACAGCAGAAGAGCACAACAUGUUGAACCUUGAAGUGAAUGGGCUACAGCAGCGGAAGGCCAUGAUUGAUGGCCAUUUUAUUAGGGAAUGGAGGUACUUAAUAAAGUGACCACUAACUAUAUCAAAACAUGCUGUGAAAUGAGUUAUUUGUGUUUACAACCAACGAAGUCUGAGGAUAUGUUAGCGGCAACCCGCAAGUGUCAUCAUACAUUCUGGUACCAACGUGUUAUUUAUUACCCAUGCAGGGCCAAACAGCACAAGGCUUGAUAAAGAUAUUAUAUACUAAAGCUUGUCAACAUCUACUUCAAGAAAUGGAUAAAUAGAAAAAAAUAACUUUGUCACAUGUGCAUCAAAACAGUGAAAUGUGUUAAACAGUCGGAGGAUGUGCUGGGGACAGUUUACAAGUGUUGUCAUGUAUCCAGCACCAGGGUAGCAUGCUUCACCUUACUAACCUUUAUUCAUACAUCUUUUGGAAUGUAUUGGGAAACUGGAGCACCCAGAAGAAACCCAUGUAGUCAUGGGAAGAACAUACAAACUCACAGACAGUAGUGGGAAUUGAACCCUAAUCUGAUUGCUGGCUAAAAGUGUUAUGCUAAGUGCCACACUGCUGUAAUUUUUGUAUGACAUCUUUGGAUUAAGUCUAGAAUUUGACUAUUGCUAGAAAUUUAUUCUGGAGCAAAAUAAAAAUAGUCUUUGUAUUA